AGAGGACACAUUUGCUUUAAAAACUGAAAGAUGAAAAAACCGAGGGUUUGGAGGAAAAAAAAAAAAGCCCCUCUGUCAAGCUGGUGAGUUUGAGCAGAAGUUGAGCAGAAGUUUGCAGCUUCUUUGCUUCCUCCAAAGAAGACUUACCACGAUGCUUCUCAGCAGAAGAACCAUCCCCAAGAUGCCUUAAAUCUGCAUAAACUAUUUCCCCAGCCAUGGUUGCUCAGAAGGUCCCAGGAACAGCCCAAAAGUGACACUGUCCUUGGACAACCCCUUGCCUUGUGAACUACUCACAUCUGCAUCUGGCUCCAGGAAAUGAGAUCCAAUGUGGUCAAGGGUUGUCCACCACCUGCCAAGAAUCCCUGAAGGCUGUUUUGGGGUGCCCUGACAUCAUGGAACAGAGUGAUCUCCAGCAGUGUUUCCUCCAACUGCACACUAAAAAAAGCAUUUUUGGACAAUCCAUCUCCCUAGCUGAGAAAAAAUUCCGGAAAUGCUGGAAAAGAAGGUGAAGUGUAGAGAUGGAGGGGAGCCCCUGGUUCUGUGGGUGGGCAGGUGGCCCUGGGCAGGCAGCCCCUUCCUCAUUGCCCUUGAGGAGGCACAGGAAAAUCCCUAAGAAUACAAUAAAAUAAACCAAAACAACAUUAUUUUAAAAAUACUUUGUUUUUCUUCACAAGAGCAGGUUGUGCCUCAGCAUUGGGCUUGUUCUCACAGAGCAGACACAGGUGACAGGGUUUGGGAUGGGCCUGGGGGCUGAGGGGGGUGGUCUUCAAUUUUGACUGGAAAAGAGAAUUUCAAUUGCAGGGAGAAGUUUUUAAUUGCAGGAGAAAAUUUUAAUUGAGGACAUUUUAAUAGGGAAGAUUAUUUUAAAUGGGGGGAGAAAGCUUUAAUUUAGGGGAGAAACCUCUUAAUUUUGGAGAGAAAAUAUUAACUGAAAAGAAAAUAUUAAUUGAGGGGAGAAGGUGUUAAUUGGGGGAAAAACUUUAAUGGGGAGAAAAGUUUACAGGGAGGAAAAUUUAAUUACAGCAGAAAAUUUUAACUGCAGGGAGAAUAUGUUACCUGAGGAGACUAUUUUUUAAGAUUUUAAUUGGUAGAGAAAACUAAUUUGGGAUGAUAAUGUGAUUGUGGGGAGAAAACUUGACUUACAGGCAGAAAAUUUUAACUGAGGGGAGAAAAGUAUAAUAAGGCAGAUAAAACUAAUUGGGGGGAGAGGAAAUUUUAAUUGCAGGGACAGGGUUUUAAUUGUGUGGGACAACAUCAGGUGGGGAGAAAAGUUUAAAUAUGGUGCUGGGAGAAAAUUUUGAGAAAAUUUUAAUUGAGCAUUAGAGAGCCUUUGUGACACCUCUGAUAGAUGAAACUUUCCUUGGCAGGUGAGGCAAGAGCACAUAUAGAGGUGGAACCCCAAAAAUGGAGGAAAUGAGAGUUUAUUCUGGAUUUUUGGGCAUGGAAAGGAACAAGCGGGCAGGUCACAGCAUGGAGAUGAAGCCUGAGGCACGUGUCGCCUGCCAGGUGAUGCUGGCAGUGCUUUUCACAGCUCUGUUCAUCACAGCCAUCGCUUUUGCAGGUGAAUGUCGAAGUUUUAGUCUCACAGUGCAAGCUUUUCAGCCUCAUGCCCAGCCCUGCUUUCAGUGCCCCUUUGACUGGAUCAGGUACAGAGGAAAAUGCUACUAUUUUUCUGAGGUUGAGGGGAACUGGACAUCCAGCCAGGACAACUGCUCAGCACUUGGUGCUUCCUUGGCCAUACUGGACAGCGUGGAGGACUUGAGUUUUGUGAUGAGAUACAAAGGCAUCUCAGAGCAUUGGAUUGGCCUUUUCCGGGAGCAUGAGCAGCAGCCAUGGCAAUGGGUGAACCGCUCAGCUCUAUCUCACCUCUUGAGUGAAAUGGGGCUCCACCUCCCCUCGGGGCUCCCCAAGGAACUGAAGAAGAGCCUGAGCUCCUGCUGCCACCAAAGUGAUGUUCUAUGGGAGGCCCUGGAGAAGUUAAGAGCCUCUGUUCUAGGUCAGCCUUCACCAGGCAUCAGUGGCUUCCGUCCCAACCAGCAGCUGGCCAGUGUGGUGGCAGCUGUGCAGGAGCUGGCCCCGCUGCCGGUGCAGGAUCUGUGCCACAGGCACCAACGUCCCCUCACUGUCUUUGUCACCACGAUGGAGUUCUUGUCUGCGCCGCCUGCACCAAGCAUCGAGCCCACCCCACUGUGCUGCUCCAAGAGGCCGCUCGCUGCCACAGGGAGACUUUGGAGAGAUGGGAUAUCCCAGCCUGUCUGCGAGACCUGUAGUGCCCAGACUCGAGUCAGUGCUGACAAGCAGAAGCUGCGGGCGAUGCUGAAGGGGCUCCACUGGGUGCUGAGUGACCAGGAAUCACAGUUUCUUUCCCAGUUCCAUCGCCCGUGCUGGAGGUUGCAGGAACAGCAACAUGGUCAAGGUGCUGAGAUGUCAUGGAUCCAGCAAGGCCAUGCAGGGCUCCAGGCCAAGUGCCAGCAGCCAGAUGGCAACGUGCUAUGGGUGAGACAAAACUUGGCCCCAGAAUCUGCUCCCUGCCUUUUUGGCUUUUAUUCACAUGAAAGCAUCCCUAAGCAUCUUUCUUCCUUCCUCUCCAGGAUGUCUGAACCACCUUGAACAGGUAUUAGAGCCAAAAAACAUCGUCAGGAGCACCAGUUUUGGCCCCAAGCCCUCCAUUUUUCAGAUCUUCUUCUCCCCCUGUGUUCUUUUCCUCUGGGAUUUUUGCUUUGGAGCUGGAAGGGGUUGAUGGUUAAUCCAAAACUUGGUGAUGAUAGGGGAAUCUUCCAUUGUAUCUUGGUGGAGUGAGAGCCUUGCCCAUGGAAGUAAUGUCCCAGUGGUUUUCUAGCAAUGGGGAAAGGAAAUUUGGUAUUAAACACCCAAUUUACUCCCCUCGAGGUGCACAGAGAGGAAUGUACAGCCAUCACUGCUGUUGAUGUCAGAGCUGGAAACAGCUUGAGGAUUUCACUGGAAAAACCAACAUGCUGGCAGAGGCAGUGACACAAUUUAAAGGUGCCUGGAGGGUAAAAAUUGGCAAAAAAAGUUAUUUAUUAAGCAAAAAUGGGAAGGCAGAUUUGGCUGGAAAGUGAAAGCAUCACAGAUGCUCAUUUAUUUCAGAGAAAAUCGGGGAUUUAUUUGUGACUAGCCUUAAGUGAUAGAAGACUGAAGGUGGGAGGUGCAGAAUGCUGUUGAUACUUAAUUAGCACCCAAAUUAGCAUGCUAAUUAUUGUGGAGAGAGGUGAUGCCCCAGGUGAAUGAGGUUGUGUCUCCCACCUCAGGUCAUCUUGCCUUCUCUGUGCAGCAGAGUUUGUAUGGGGAAGGCCCAGGGCCAGAUCUAGAGGUAAAAAUCUUUGGAGUCAUCUUCUAUUUCCAGACAUCUUGGAGUGCUCUCUGGGGGAAGAGAGAGGUAAGGUAUCUUGCUUCAGGAACUUACUGAGCCCCCGUUUGGGUUCAGUGCCUGGAACUGAUGCUCUGGUGGAAUUUUGGAGGUGAUAUUCCAAUGCAUAGAGGCUCAUGAACAUCCCUCUCCCUGCCAGCAGCCCUGACCCUGGAUCCAGCCACAGCUCACCCCCAAAUCCUGGUGUCAUUAGAUGGCUGGACUGCAGGCCACUGGGAAUCAUCCCCAGCUCCUCUGCCCUCAGAAAGGGAGUCUCUCUGCGGUGUUUUGGGUCAGCAGGACUUUGUGGGGGACUGUCCUUGCUGGGCCAUGAAGGUUUGUCCCAGUCCUGACUGGGCACUGGGAAUGGCUUGGGAAUUGGUGUUCCAUAAGGGCUGCUUCGGUCUCAGCCUGGAAGGGGCUUGGGUUUGGGCUGUGGGGCAGUGCUGGGGCAGCUGCAGGCUCUCACCUGGCCCAGCCCCAUGUCUCUGCCCCACAACCACACGGUGCCUUGCAUCGAGAUGGCUGUGGAUUACACUGGCGGGUGGGUGGCUUUCCGUGAUGGUGAUAGACUGAAGUCUUUGCCUUUCCUCCACCCACUUUUGCAAGUGAAUGACUCUGGCCACUGCUCCUACUGGAUGAGGAGCCAGCUUUGCCCUCUGUCCCUGAGUUCCCCAAAAAUCCACUAUGAACCUCCCAAGUGCAAACACUUCCACCACCCCAGCAAACACUCCACUCAACAACAAACAGCCCCACUCCCCCCAGCCCCAUUUAAUUUUCCUUAUAACAUCUAAUUUAACAAUCAUAUUUCACUCUUUUGCUUCUCAGUAAGAGAACAGAGGUAUUUUUGGUUCCUCAGCUGUUUUCCAGUGGAAGCAUGGACCACAAUAGCAGGGAGAAUGUCCCUAAAACAUUUUUGAAAACUCACCUUGAGGAAGAAAAUGGGCUUUGCUGGUGCUGCUAGAUGCCUCAUAAUACGGUUUUGCAAGUGGAAACUUUUCUACUUUGUAGAGAAUUUAGGAGAAGUGGGUUAAAACCAUGUUUCACGGCUCCCAGGAUCACUCAGGAUUGGGCCUUUUCAGGGCUUUGUAUUCAUUGCCAGGAUGUGAGCAGGGAGAGAGGCCACAGAGAGAAUUUCAUCCCCCAUUUCACAAGUGAAUAGAAAAGGAACAAAACUGAAUGAACCGGUAUCUUGAAGCAGCAGAAGGUUGUUGUUAGGGUUCAACCAUGUGAUAAAGUGCUGUUAUCAGCAAGCCCAGACAUGACUGGGCAGGUCUCUGCCUCUUGCAGUCCCAGUCCUCUGCUGCCAGAAUUGCCUCCCCAUCCACAUGCCCUCUUCACCUUGGUCUGAGGAAGAGGAGGAGUUACCAGGAAAGGCAGCAACUUCUAUCUUCGGGACCCUAAUUUUAGACCAUGGCCCUGACAAAACACAGGUCACAGCUGAACCCACAUUACAGCCCUGCUCAGUUGUAUAAUUAGUUUUUUCCCUGUUUGGCUCAUGAUGAGGUUGGUCUUUCCUUGAAAGACAAGGUCCAGUGGUGUGUAAAGCAAAGCACUUCUUUGCAGCGUCCUGCUCCAACAGAUGAGCUUCCAACACUCCAUCCACUUUUAAUCUAAAAAGCUUUAUGGAUAUUUAAUUUGAAACUCCAUGCAAAAAAUAAACAACAAAAACCCCUACCUUUUUGUGUAACUCAUCAGCCCCACAGCUGGCUCUCCAGCAUUGGGGUGGCAAGGAAAUCAGCCUCUUCUUCCUCAAGGACAGUUCAACAGUGUCCUGUCAGCGGCUGGGAGGGCAGACGGUUGGGUGUGGAGGGUGCACAGCCCCCAGUCCUUGAGCAGUGCCAGCAGAUGCACCUUGCAGCCCUCCCACAUGGACCCUUGGACCCCAAAACCCCCCUGAGUGACAGGCACACCUCAUAACAGCCCAUGAAAGAGGCUGUGGGGAGUAGCUGAAGGGAUUUUUUUCCACCCAAGGGUGGAAGUUUUUUCUACCCAGGGGCUGAAGUUUUUUCCCACAAAGCUGGGGCUCAGGGUACAUUUGUCGGGGUUUGGGGCUUGAGGAUGAGCAUUCCCAGAGGGGUGUUUUAGCCAUUGCCUCCUGCUUCUCCCCAUGCUGUCCCUUUUCCACUGACACCUCAGGAUCAGACCGAGUGGGAACUGUGCAUCCAAGGGAAGUGCAGCAGGCAUGGAGGGGCAAACCUGAGUGAGGACUGCAGCCCUCCAGGGUGCUAAUCUUCUCCUACUCCUCACUGAGGUCCAUUGUAAGUGGAAAGAGGUGGAUUUUGGGGAUGGGUUUACAACUGUUCAACUUUUUAUCAACUGUUAAUAAUUUGUUGGUGUUGGUAGGUGCUUUAAAAAACGGAGAUCAAAAGGCACUUUUUAAAAUCAGCAGCUUGUUACAUCCAGAAGGCAGAAAAUACAGCUCCAGUGCAAACCAG